GAUUGUGUGUACAGGGAGGAGGGCCAGAGACUCUCACUCUCUCGUCGAUAAAAAGGGAACUCCAUCCAGUCUGCGCCGAAAACACUGGGUGUACUGGAAAGCCCCCAGCCCGUGUGUGUGUGUGUGUUAUGAAGUCACCGUGGCUGGACGGAUCUCUCUCAUUCCCUCUGACGCUAUAGUCGGUGAUAGACGUGUGUGUGUGUGUGUCAGUCUCAUCCCACCCAGAAAACUUUUUUUUUCGAUUCUUCUUCCCAGGGAAAGAAAGAAAAAUAAUCUACACACGCACACAACUCAUCAGCCGCUGUGUGUUUCGUGAUUCACGACCGACAUUCCCUUUCUGAGACUCUCGUUCGAAUUUUUUUUCGGGGGGUUUCAAGUUUGCGGGUGUCUUGAUGAUUGUUGUUUGUGCGUGGCAGUGUUUGUUUUUUUCUUGUUUUUUCUCUCCAGACCAACCGACCAGUGUUGGUUGAGAGCUGUGUGUGUGUUCGGUGUGCUGUUGCCUGUAAUUAUCACGGCGUUGGGAAAUUGCUGAUGACCGGAUCGUGUGUUGUUGUUUUUCAACCGAAAGAAAAAGUGGAAGUUUCGUUCUUCUUUUUCGGAAAUGGCCACCACUGCUGCAUCCCUUCACUUGAUUAUUCGUCGGAGAGCUGAGCCCACAACAACCAACGGCUGAGACCUCUUCUUCUUCUUUUGCCGGUGCCCAUUGUCGUGUGAAAUUCAAUAGCCGAAAGAACCUCCGCACAGUGAGUGAGCGGAAAAAAGAAAAAAAGCUGUGUUGUGUAUGUGUAUGUGUGUGACCCCCCCUCCGGUUAGAUUUUUCCACUAAACAGUCCAGGGUCCCCCCCUUUUAUUCUUUAAAGACCAAACGGUGCAGAUGUCAGUUUAAUGGGACCGUGUCGCCUAGAUCCCAUCCGAUAUACUUAACUAUAAUCCGGAAAAAAAUAAAAAUAAAAAAACUUUUCUGUCGAGGACAUUCACAAAAGAAAAUUAUAAAAUACGACGGAAUAUCCAAAAUAAACGACAAAAGGAAAAAGAAAACUAUCUAGUACCACCCACCAUACGGUAAAAAAAAAAAUAAAAAACCAAGUAAAGAUCCUUUGGCUGUGAUAAAUCGGCGUCAUAAUUCACGUUUUCAAGUUUUGAAAAGAAGUCAGACAAGGACGACGACGACGAGACAAGAAGAAUUCCAAAGUGCUUCCUAGGCUGCUGCUGCUGCCCAUUCAGAGACGUACCAUACAACUCGCCCGGCUUUUUUCUUUUCCCUCCUUCCAAUUGUGCAGUGCCCGAUCUCUUAGCUGUGCGAGUGUGGGGAAUCAUCCGGGAACAAGUCAAAAUACAAGAAAAGGAAUCAAAAGAAAAGGGAGGAUAUAUAUAAAUGGCGGCCAUGAUGGGGAUGAAACGGAGCCGGCCGAUAAAUAACGCCGCCAAUGUUUUAUCCGUCCUUUUCCUACUACUGACGACGCAAUUCGCAUUGUGCCGGGCCAGUUUCCAUUACGAGGCGCCGUCCGAUUGCCAAUGGACGAUGAUGAAUUCGUCGUCAUCAUCCACUUCGUCGACGUCGUCCAUGUCGUCGUCGAUGGCGACGUCAAGCGAUGGGAACGGAUCAUCGGGUCAUUCGGGGCUGCUGCCAAUGGCCGGAGUCGCCGGCCCUAACGACGUGGCACUCCACUGCCGACUCCGCACCAUCAACAGUCAAUUCGAUCAGACCAAUUUCUCGGUCGUGCCGCGGGAGCACACGGCCUCGCUCACCAUCGAAUGCAGCGAUUCGCUCCUCUACCAAAGCUUUCUGCAUCCGCACAGUUUCAGCCAUUUGCACCAUCUGCGACAACUGGCCAUCGAUUACUGCAAGCUGGGCCAGCUGGUCCGCGGCGUCUUCCACGGACUGCGCGAUCUUCGAUCGUUGGCCAUUCGCUCGCACAACGACGUCUGGCCGGCCAUGAAUCUCGACCUGAGUCGCGACAGCUUAGCUCACGACGUUGCCCAACUGGAACGGCUGGAUCUCAGCCGCAACAACAUCCAGUCGUUUCGGCGCCAGCUCUUCUGCGAUCUGACCAGCCUCCAAUUUCUGAACGUCAGUCACAACCGACUGGCCGAUCUCAACGAUUUGGGAUUGAACUUUGAGGCCGCCGCCAUCGAGACGGAAACUUCCACUACAACGACGACGACGACGACGGCGACCAGUUCAACUCCAACGCCACCGGCGUAUUGCCCGACCCCCCUGACGACGCUGGACGCCUCCUACAAUCAACUGGCGGCGCUGACAGGCCGCGGAGUGGCCGCCCUGCGUCACUUGCGCAUCCUCAAACUGGACCACAACAAGAUCCAGCAGCUAGACGACGAGGCUCUGGGUCCCCUGGAGCAGCUGGAGCAACUGGACCUGUCCGUCAACCAAGUGGAGAGGCUACCGGAAACCUUCCUGACGUCAACGGCCGCUCUGAAGGAGCUCAACUUGAGCAACAACACCCUGUCCGUCCUGCCGGCCGGCUCAUUGGCUUCCCAGCGUCACCUGGAAGUGCUGCAGUUGGCGUGGAAUCGGCUGACGCUGGCCAACGGAAGCCUCUUCGACAACCUGGUCCGUCUGGUGGUGCUGGACCUGUCCCACAACCAAAUCGGCCGCAUCCGCCGCCCGCUGUUCAAGGACCUGUACAGUUUGCAGGUCCUGAAACUCGACUCGAACGCCAUCGAAGCCGUCGAGUCCGGCUCGUUCGCUUCGCUGAGCAAUUUGCACACGCUCGACUUGUCCGACAACAAGUUGGCCUUCAUCGAGAGCCACUACUUUAACGGUUUGCUGGUCCUCAACCAACUGCGACUCAACGGCAACUCCCUGGUCGGCCUGGACGCCGAAACUUUCCGCAACUGCUCCAACCUAGAAGAGCUACACCUGCAGGAGAAUCGACUGGAACGACUGCCGUCCUCCUUCAAGACCCUGACGCUCCUCAAGACCCUGGACCUGUCGCACAAUCGCAUCCGCUUCAUCAACGCCACGUCCCUGCGCGGAUUGAAAAAUCUCCACCACCUGCGGCUGUCCGGCAACCAAAUCAAGACCAUCCGGGCCGCUUCGCUUCCGCCGCUGGGUCUGCUUAAGAGCCUGGACCUGUCGCACUCGUCGCUGCAGACGCUGGAGCGAGGAGCCCUGGACGGUCUGACUGGAUUGGAGACGCUGUUCCUCAACGGCAACAACCUGAGCAGCUUGGAGCACGUCGUCCAGAAUCUUCCGCACCUGACGCGGCUGAACGUGUCGGACAACGACCUGCGCUGGUUCGACUACGCCCUCCUGCCCACUGGGCUCCAGUGGCUGGACCUGCACAAGAACCAGAUCGAAGAGCUGGGCAACUACCUGCGACUGGAGAGCCACCUCAAGUUGGAGACACUGGACGCCAGUUACAACCGGAUCGCUUCCAUCGGGGCCUCGUCGCUUCCGCACGGCCUGCGGGUGGCGACGCUCAGCGACAACCAAAUCAGCGUCGUCGAGCCCAACACGUUCGCCGACAAGGCCAAUCUCAGCCGGGUGGACCUCUACGGCAACCAGCUGGUGACGCUCAACCUCAACGCCCUGCGACUCAGCCCCGACGUCCAGGUCCUGCCGGAAUUCUACCUGGGCGGCAACCCGUUCCAGUGCGAUUGCGACAUGGAAUGGCUCCAAAGGAUCAACGCACUCAACAAUGCCGGCCAAUACCCAAGAGCCAUGGAUUUGGACUCGAUUUACUGCCGGCUGUCGUACGGGCGUGGUUCACGCUCAGUCACGCCGCUAGUGGAGGCCACCUCGUCGGAUUUUCUGUGCCCGUACCGGGCCCACUGUUUCGCCCUGUGCCACUGCUGCGAUUUCGACGCCUGCGACUGCGAAAUGACCUGCCCGACCAAUUGCUCCUGUUACCACGACCAGUCGUGGUCCACCAACGUCGUCGACUGUUCCGGCGGAGGCGGAGGAGGUGACCUGCUGACCGACAUACCGUCCAGGAUCCCGAUGGAUGCCACCGACGUCUACCUGGACGGCAACAAUUUGAGUCAGCUGACCAAUCACGCCUUUAUCGGCAAGAAGAACUUGAGGACUUUGCUGCUCAACAACUCGGCCGUCGUCUCGCUGCACAACCACACCUUCAGCGGGCUGAAACGAUUGCUGGUCCUCCACCUGGACCGCAAUCAGCUGACCGAGUUGUCCGGCUACGAGUUUGAGCCGUUGGAGAACCUGCGCGAGCUCUACGUCCAGAACAACCGGAUCGCUUUUAUUCACGCCAAGACAUUCAGUCACCUGAGAAGUUUACAGGUGCUGGACGUCAGCGGCAACCAGCUGGCGCGCUACGACGCUGCCCAGCUGUUGACGGCCAAUCCUUACCUGCGCUCCUUGUGGCUGGCCGAUAACCCUUGGUCGUGUCAAUGCGAUUUCGUCCGCCCGCUGCGCGAUUGGCUCCAGUCGACCCGGGCCAGCAUCGACGACCAGGAGUCGGUCACUUGUUCACCGCUGGGCUUGCAGAUCCUGGUGGCCACCAACGAAAGUUGCCCGACGUCGGACAGCUCGUCGGUCCUGUUGAGUCCCUACCAUCCGGCCGACUGGUGGCUCCUAAUGGCCGCCACAUUCUCCCUGGCCCUGGUGGUCCUGUCGGCCGGCAUUUGCCUGUGCUGCUGCCGCCGCCAGUUGCGGCUCCUCCUCUUCAGCCAGUGCGGAGUGCGGAUGUGCUACCAGCAGCAGCAGGACGAGGAGAGCGCCGAGAGCAAACCGUUCGACGCUCUGGUCGUCUAUUCGGCCAAGGACGACGUCCUGCUCAAAGACACGCUGGUCCGGCUGGAGCGCAAGACCUACCAGCUGUGCCUGCAGCACCGGAUCGCCGAUCACGAUCAGGACUUGACGGCGGCGGCCCUGGCCAGCCGCCGGCUCCUCAUCCUGCUGACCAAGAGCUUCGUGGAAACCGAGUGGGGCAAAGCCAACGUCCGAUCCUUGCUGAGAUCGACGUGGCAACCGGCGUCGGCCGGAGCCGUCGGCGGAGGGUCGGUCCGAUCCCGUCGGGACCGCGUCAUCAUUUUGCUGCCGGAACCGCAGAUUGUCCGCGAGAUCGACGCCGACCUGGACCUGCACUUGCUGUUGAAACACAGUCAAGUGGUCGAGUGGAACCGGAGAUUCUGCUGGAGUCGAUUGCUGCUGGCCCUGCCUCCGCCGCGAGGAGUCCUGGCCCCAGCCGAUUGCCAUCAGCCGGCCAUCAGUCAUCCGCAGCAGCAGCAGCAGCAGACGGGUUCAUCCGCCUAUUCCGGAGCUUUGCCGUUGGGCAAUCAUUUGAGCGGCGGAGUUGGUGGUACCAGCAACUACACAACAACCGCUGGCAGGCAGCAGCACCACCACCACCAUCACAAGCUCAUCCAUCAGCGACAGUUGCCCACUGUUCCGGAAACGAUCUGAUGAGUCAGUCGUCUUCCUCCUUCCUCCAUCCUUUGGCUGUGUACAUGGGGAGGACUUGCUCCUUGUUGUAUUCAGCCAAUGAUGUAUCGCGUUUCCCCAUCGCUCUAUCCAUUAUGUUAUAGACUCGUUCGUUUUUCGACUCUGGGCUGGAUUGCCCUAAGGCAGAGGCCGUGUGACGCCCUGUUGGUGCUGGCCACGACUCCUUGACGACCCACCUAGUCGUGUGAAUUUAACGAGCCCAAUCACUGCAACAACAACAACAACCAAACGAAUAACCUUUUUUCGAUUCGGUGGGGAAAAGGAAUUGAAAAACUGUACAUUGUAUUGACAUCGAACAACAACGACAACCCGAAACAAGAUGGUUGACGACGCUUAAACAGCCGCAACGAUCUUCUAUGCAGCAGUGCAGCAACCCCCACAGGAUUAGAUAACCAGAGACUCCCCCCCCCCCCCCUCCUACUCCCUCAUUGCGAUCGUUCAAGCGGAUGAGUUAAAACAUUUCAAGCGAACCAGAUCUACACACACACACAUAAUACUCUAUGGGCCAUAAUAAUAGGGUGAAUAGAUUUUAUUAAAAAAGUAAAAUAAAAUAAAAUAAAAUAAAAAUUUGUUUUUUUUCAAAAAAGCUGCUCGUAUUCGCAGCUGCUGCCGAGUCUAGUCGGAUCGAAUAUCUUCUCGACGCUCUCUCUAUACACACUAUAAAUAUAUUUAUAUUCUCUCUCUCUUAAAUCAUCAUUUCCCUUUUAUCUUUUUUUGUGUAUUAAAGUGAUGACGACCCUCUCUCCCCCCUGCCGCCCGGUUUCGUGUUCUCAUAUCUAUCAGCCAACAUCAAAAACUGAAAUUACAGUUGGGGGGGUUGUUGUUGAAUGUUGUUGAAAAGAGCAGCAGCAGUCUGCACAUUCGACACGGCUCUAUUUUUAUAUUACGAGCGACGAUUAUAAAAAGAAACAUCGACCGAUUUUAUUUUUAUUUUCUAAUCUCUCUUACGUAUCAUCACAAAUCUAUUUGAAAGAUCCGGCAGGCUCCCAUGCCACCGGGUUUUUCAUUGGUGGGAAAUUUUUGACUGGGUUUUUGUUUGAAAAAUUCGGAAUAUUAUUUUCCCGCGUGUUGUUCUAUGUACACACGAAAGCAGUCGACACUAUUGCCAUGGCGCCGAUCAAUACAAUUGUCGCCGCCGCCGUGUGUGCGUCGCGGAUGCAAGUUCCUCCGCGGACGAGAUGGAGAAACACAAGGGAGUGUACAUAUACUACACGCUAAGGGGUUAUAUCCCCCCCCCUUACCACCACCACCCUACCAUACCCUCGUUAUUAUAUGCGGUACAUAGAAAACUGCUGCUCGACGUCCAUCCGUAAUAUUUCGAGAUAUUUGUGAGCGAGUUUCUCCCUCUCUCGGUCUCUCUUUCGGUCAACCGUGCAAAGGGAAAUCGAUUGUCCGGGAGCGGAGCAGCAGAAGAAGAUGAGUGGAAGAGGGGGAGAUGGCUGCUGGCUGGCCAGGAUGCGCGUGCUAGAAACAGGAGAGAAAUUUCCAGGGAAAAAAGAAAAGAAAAGAAAAGAAAAGUCGGUAGGGUCUGUCAAGCUAAUCAGUAGCGACUCUCUCUUGAAGGAACUCUACAAACAGUUCCUUCCUUUUGAUUCUUCUUUUUCUUGUCUAGAAAUUUACGUAUUCGUCUAUCAAAUAGAUACACAGCAGCAGCAGCAGCUGGAGAGAGAGCAGGAAGAAAGAGGUUGGCGGAAUUGUAUAGCGCCCAAACGGAAGAAAAGCAAAGAAUCGAACUGCCAGUGCCUUGUCACUAUAGAAUUGUUGGACAAGUCGUUGAUGACAAGAAAACAAUUUUUGUUUGUUUUGUUGGAGAACUUAAAAAAGAAAACGACGAAUCAAAUAGAACAAGCGCCGCAAAAAAACGAAAUAAAAAUUCGCGAGGAAUGUCCGGAAUUGGUUGCGCUGGAUGUGUACAUGUAUAAAAUAAUCAAUAACGAAACUUUCCCUUUCUUUUACUCACACACCCAGCAGCAGCUAUAUAACUCUUGAGAAAAUAUAUCCAUCUAAUGUGUGUUAUACAUGUUAAUAAAUAUGUCCCAUCAUGCAGCAGUAAAUAUCCCCCCCCCAGCAGCAGCUCGAUAUCUUUUCUCUCACCAAUCAUUCAUUACAUAAUAAUACACUUUUCUCUCCUUGUUCUUAUACUCUUUUACUUCUUAUAUUGUACAUGUACUCCGUGGUGUAAUAACGAAAGAAGAAGACUUGUGUGUCAUCUUUUCUCUAUAUUUUCUCUCAGCUCGGUAAAUAUUACUAAUCAAUUUCCCCCCCUUGUAUAUAUUGCAUAUUAUUAUUAUUAUUAUUAUUACUACAACUCCUAUAAUCCCAUUCCUAUAUUUAUAUACAUAUACUUAUUAAUGGGGGAUGGGGGAUGAGGGAAUGUGUGUACAUAUAGAGAGACUCUCCUUUCAUUUGUAUGUGUGUAUCGCGUGUGGUCCCUUCAUUUCUCUCUCUCUCCUCAUUGAUUCUUCACACGAAAUAACAAUAAACAAUGAAUAAACAUUCUCGCCAUUU